AUGGGAGGCAUUGUUACGUCCACACUUGCUAAAUAUGUUUAUCAUCAUCCAAUGAUCAUGGACCAAUAUGAUAUUCGAGCUUGGGUCACAAUAUCACAGGAUUAUAGCAUACCAAGUAUUCUCUCACAAUUACUAGCUUCGCUCAAAGGAAAAGUAGAGCGAGUUGAAAGGGAUUCAUUGAAAGUAAUCGAAGCAGAGAUGCUUGAAAUUAAAAAAAAUUUAUCAGGGAGGAGGUAUCUCAUAGUAAUAGAUGACAUUUGGAGUGUGGUAGCUUGGAAUCACAUACAGUGGCUAUUUCCUAACAAUCAUAACAGAAGCCGGAUCAUAUUAACCACAAGGCUAAUGGAUGUGGCGACUAAUGCCGCCAUUUCAUCGAACAUUCAUAUGAUGCGUUUCUUGGAUGAUGUACAAAGUUUGCGUUUGUUCCAAGACAAGGUUUUUGGAGAUCAAGAUUGUCCUAUUGAGCUGCAAAGUGUGGGGGAAAAAAUUGUAAAAGGGUGUGGAGGACUGCCUCUCUCAAUUGUUACUGUGGCAGGACUUUUAUCAAGGAUUCCUAGAACUCCAAAGUUGUGGAAGCAAAUUGAAGUAAAUGAUGGGCAGUUGGGAUCAAUAUUAUCUUUGAGUUACAACCACUUGCCUCUACAUUUGAGGAAGUGUUUCUUGUAUAUGGCAGCAUUCCCUCAAGAGUAUGACAUCCGUGCCUCUGAACUCAUCAAACUUUGGGUUGCUGAGGGCUAUAUGCUAAGGCGAUAUGCAUUUGAAACCGUAGAUUUGUUGGCAGAGCAUUGCUUGGAGGAUCUGACCAGGCAAAGUCUAGUUUUGGUCACUAGCCGGAAAAUUGAUGGCAAAAUCAAAAGUUGCAGGCUGCAUAGUAUGGUGCGGGACUCUUGUGUGAAACAGGCCGGGCAAGAGAAGUUCCUUCUCCCUGUUAUGGACUACUUCCCUACUCCUAUCCUGAGAAGACAUUUUCUUCCACAAGUCCUCCAAAAUCAUCGCCGUGUAAGUGUUAGUUGGCACGAUCUAAAUCUUAAAGACUCUGGGCAUAGCUCAUGUACCACUUGUAUCAUAUGCAUCCCACAAAGAGGGUAUAGGCCCAAAAGCUCUGUACAAAACUUUACUUCACUUAGGGUCCUUCAUGUUUUACGUAGAAAUGAUCGUUCAUAUCGGGAACUAGGUCAAGUGUUUGAACUGAGUAAUCUUACUUACCUUGCUUCCAACAUCCCUGAUAGUAUUGUCCCUCCAGCUAUAGCAAAGCUUCAAAAUCUGCAGUCUUUAAUUAUUUACAGAUCUGAUGUUCGUUUGCCAGUAGAGAUUUGGAGUCUGAGGAUGUUGAGACAUCUUAUUGCCUUCACAUUUCAACCUUUACCCCUUCCCAAAAGAGCAACUCUUUCUCUAGUGCACUUGAAAACGCUUUCUAUGGCAAUAGACUUUGUCUGUAGUGAAAAGGUGGUGGAAAUGAUUCCCAACAUUAAAAAGUUAGGAAUAUGUUACUCUCAAGAGAAGUUUGGUUCUGGCUAUUAUUGUCUUGGCAAUCUUAUACGUUUUCAUCGAGUUGAGAAACUGAAAUUGGAGAUGCAUCAUGGUUCAUACGUGCCACGUCUGAUUUAUUUACCUUUGUCACUGAACAAGUUAGAACUGAGUGGCGGGUGGAUUUCUUGGAGAGAUAUGAUGAUUGUUGGUUCGUUGCCUAAUCUUCAAGUGGUGAAACUAAAGAACCAUGCUUGCCAUGGGGAACACUGGGAAACCAUUGAGGGGGAAUUUGGUAAUUUGAUACUCCUGCUUAUCGAUGAAUCAAAUCUGCAGCGUUGGACAGCUAAAAGUAGCCACUUUCCGAGGCUCAAGUGCCUAAUGCUUCAUCGUUGUCCAUACUUGGAUGAGAUUCCACAUGAUUUUGGAAAUAUUCAUCCACUUAAACUGAUUGAGAUCGAUGAUCACAAAAAUAUAUACAAUAUAUACAUAGGAAAGAUCACAAAAAUGAUCCCUUGUGAAGUGUUCUUGAUCCUCUUUCAAACCUGA